AGAAUAGAAGAGAAAAAAGAGGGGAAAGCUCUCUCCCUCCUCUUAAUUUUUAUUUUUUAUUUUUCUUUUUAUGCUUUGGCCUGUUCAUCGCCAUCAUGAGCAACAAAGGUCAUAGACACAUCGCUUCAAAUUUGAGAUUUCUCUGUAAAUUUCAACUACCCAAUACAGAGUGUGAGGGCAGAGACCAAAUUUAGUGGAUUUCGUUAUUCAGAUCUUGUUUCAAUCCGAAAUGGGUACUCCUCUGAUCAGUUGAAAAGCAAUAAAGACGCGAUCCGUUUUGAUUGCCGUAUCAGAUUCGGGCUCUUACUUUGGUUUCUGUGAUCCGGGUUUUGCUGUGUUCCUCUGCUUCUUCAGCAUUUGGGUAGUUUUUUUAUGGAAUGAGAUCAAGAAAUCCAAGCAUUCUUGCUGGUUUGUGUCUGUUCAUCCGAUUUUAGCUCUGGUUUUGUUUUCUGAUCUGUAUUGUUCUUCUUUUGACUCUCUUUGGUUGUUUCUAAGUGAAGUAAUCGAUGGAGGAAAAUCAAGAGCAAAAGCAUGUAUGCAAGUUCUGCAGAAAGAGCUUCCCUUGUGGAAGGUCCUUGGGAGGUCACAUGAGGUCUCAUAUGACCAUGAAUUUAGCUGAUACAGAAGAGAAGCUCAGCAAGCGCAAGGCAGUUUCAGUUUCAGUUAAUGGUGGAAGCAACAACAGUAGCAGCUUCAUGGGCUUCGAAGCUAAUGGUCAUGCUGGUUAUGGUCUCAGAGAGAAUCCCAAGAAGACAUGGAGGCUUUCGGAUUCAAACGAUGGAAUGAAUCGACAAGGUAAGUUUUGUAAAGAAUGUGGUAAAGGAUUUCAGUCAUGGAAAGCUCUCUUUGGUCAUAUGAGAUGUCACUCUGAGAAGGACAAGGAAAGGGUCUCUAACAAUAGCUUAGAGGAUGAUUCAUGGAUUAGUGAGAACCAGAAGCUUGUCAUGGAUAGCCAAUCCGACAACGAAGGUGCUGCUCCAAGGCGUAGGAGAAGAUCUAGAAGAAUGAGGUACAAGACUGCUACUGCUUCGUCUUCUUUCUCUGUUGCCAAUGCUUCUUCUUCUGUCUCGGAAAUUGAGCAAGAACAAGAAGAGGUAGCCAUGUGUUUGAUGAUGCUUUCUAGGGAUGUGGGUCACUGGGCUGGAGUGAAUUCUGUUGCAGAGUCUUCCGAUAAUAAUUCUAUGGUUUUAGAAGCUGGAACUAGAUCGUCAGCUCUGGAUAAGCGAAUUCCUAGAAAGGGAGGUAAAAAUUUUGCCUUUGAUGACGGGGAUGAGACUCUCAAGAGUCUAAAGAUGAAGAAACCAAGAGACAAGAAGUUAGAAUCUGUUGUUUCCAAUUCUGUAAAUGCUCGAUUCGAGAGGAGAAGAUCUGAAUUACAGGGUACUGAUUCUGGGUUCUUGAGGGAUGACCUUAAGAAGGUCGAAUCCGAAGUGUCUGUUGAUGGGUUUCUUAGAGAUGAUGAACUGAAGAAUACGAAGCUUGAAAAUAGAGCUAAAUUGGGGAAGGAUUUCUCCAGUAACAGGAAGCAUAAUCGUAAGAAAAGUACAUUGGACUAUUCUGAAGUUGAAUUUGGGAACGAUUCCAUUGAGGAAGCUGGAAUGGAUCGAGCUGAUUCAGAGAUUGGGAAAUAUACUUCAAGAAAGAGAAGCAGAAGUGAAGCUUACAAUACUGAAGUGAGGGGAAAUUCUGGCAAGAAGACGAGGUAUGAUGCUUCAGAUUCUGGAAUUUGCAGAGAAACUCAAAAGAGAAGCAGGUUUGAGUGUACUACUUGCAACAAGACUUUCCAUUCUUACCAGGCUCUUGGAGGACACAGGGCUAGCCAUAAGAAGGUCAAAGGCUGUUUUGCUUCGAAGAUCGAAAGCAGUGAAAACAGCAUUGACACAGAUGCUUCUCCUGAUCCAACAGCUGACAGUAAGCAUAACAAGUCUUGCAGCAACGAGACUCUGAUCGAGGAGCAGGAGCAAGAUGUAGCAGAGACAAGUUAUGGUUCAAAGAAGAGCAAAGGGCAUGAGUGCCCAAUCUGUUUCAAGGUUUUUGCAUCAGGUCAAGCUUUGGGUGGCCACAAGAGAUCCCAUUUGGUUGGUGGCUCUGAAUACAGAUGCAAUCAGACCAUUGUAAUUCAGCAACAGCUUCCUGAGAUUCGCGAUCUUCUCGAUCUCAAUCUCCCUGCUCCUGUUGAAGAAGAAACCAGUGGCCACAUGGACUUCAAUCCAUGGUGGGUCAGAAACAACCCAAAGCAUGAACCUUUUGUGGGUCUGAUCUCUAACUGAGAAACCUGAUUAUGACUUUGUUCUCAAGAGAUGCAAGAUUGUACAGACAGGUUGGUGGAUAUUAUUUCAUUAAUUCUUUACAGAUUCAAGGUCACUCUCUACAAAGGCAACAAUUCCAUUUCCUGCUUAAAGCUUCUAAGUAGCAGUUUUCUUAGUGCUGCUCUUAAAGCUUUCUUUUUAUCUCCUCCCUUCCAAUCUGAAUAAAUUUCUAUUGUUGCACAUUUCAGGUUUAUCAAUCUGUUCACUUUGAAACUUAAAAUACUAUAAUUCAGUUUUAUGUUUUCAUCUUCCAA